AAGAAGGCGAGCGGGGGAAGAAAGAGGGCGAGCGGCUUGCCCGGGGGGAAGGGGGGCGGCUGGCGGCACUGCCCCCAGCCUCACGGCCCCUUCCCGGGGCGCCUUCUGCGGAGACUGAGGCGGGCGCAGCCCCUCGGAGGGGAGCGGCGGCGGCCUGAGGGAUCAUGUUUCGUUAAAAGUGCUGAGGAGCACCCAGAACUCUGAAGACAACAGUUUUGUGCAAGAUAAGAAUGUUCCUUAAAGAAGCUGAUGGAGGAUAGAGCUCAAGAGUGCCUGUCAGACACUGGCAGCAUAAGAUGACACCGUAGUCUAGUCUGAAAUUGUAUCAUCCGUCCUGCGAUGGAAGCAGAAUCAAGUUCUCUAAACCAAGGAUAGCGGUCCAAGUACAGAGAGACUGUGGUCCAGACCCCAGGAGCGGCUACAUGCUUUAACACCCGUUGAUUUAGAAACAGGAAUAACAUUUGGAUUCCGUUUUGACACACACUGUCUACCCAGACAGUAUUUCUUGUUCUUGGACCUAUAUAGUUCUUCUAUGCUAUGUUUGUAUUAUAAGUGAAAGAUGCUGUACCGAGGCUUUACAGAGGUGUCCUGAUUGGGCUUGUGAUGCAAAGUGUGUUGGCAUCAGCAGAAAGAGUUGUAUUGGUUUCUGUGGGCUUUGGAUGAAUGUGCCUGGUGAUGUGCUUUAGAAGUUAAUGGUGCACCAUAUAAGACUUGGAUGAAGAGCACUGUAUCCUCUGGAUAAACAAAAUACAGCUUUGGUCCCACUCUUAGUAGAAUUUGUAAAGGAGGAAAAAGUCCUUGCACUUUGUUAGAGGAUUCUAGGGCAUAAAGGACGUAAACAAUAAUCCCAGAGGUUCAUCUGUCCUGGAGCAGACAUUGAAACUAAGCUACUAUGUGACUAAAAGAACUGAGUGCGUCUAGUGGUCUUUCCAAUCCAGCUGCAAUGGAGUCCAUGGAUGAAGCUGAAGGACAACAAGGACAGCUGAACAGGAAAGAGCAGUCCCUGAAAGCCUCCCAGAAAACAGCACUGCUUGGUUGGGCUGCCUGGUGGAAUGGAUUCAUGACUGGAGACAGCAUGUGUCUGUUUGUCCUCUCGCAGAUACUGCUUCUCUGCAUGAUGCUGUGGUACAGCACUUAUGGGACCAUCCCAGCAGCUCAGAAUGCCUUUGACCUGCUGUCUUACCUGCUUACCCCAUUUGAACGAUUUUUGUCAGGUCAGGGGGAGGACCUGACUAGAAUUGGGAGUGUUGUGGUAUCAUAUAUCCUGCUCUCUUUAGCAUCUCUAGGACUGCUACUUGUAGGAUCUCUGUUUUGGCAUCUGCUCAGAGCCCGUCCAGAUCCCCCCUUUCCGCUACAAGAGGACAGACGCCAAUCUGUGAGCCGGCAGCCUUCAUUCACGUACUCAGAGUGGACAGAAGAUAAAAAUGAGGAUGACUUCCUAGAUUUGGAUCCCGUACCAGAGACCCCGGUCUUUGACUGCGUAAUGGACAUUAAAGCGGAGACAGAUCCAGCUACUCUAACGGUUAAAUCCGUGGGCUUGCAAGAAAGGAGAGGUUCAAAUGUUUCACUCACGCUAGAUAUGUGUACCCCAGGCUGUUCUGAGCAAGGUUUUGGCUAUAUCAUGUCACCACGGGAACAGUCAGCUCAAGAAUACCUCCAGACAGCAUCAAACAUUCUUACUGAAGAGGAACUGCACAAGAAAGCACUGGAUCCUUUCAUACUCCAGGCAGAGUUCUUUGAAAUUCCAAUGAAUUUUGUUGAUCCAAAGGAAUAUGAUAUUCCAGGCUUGGUGCGGAAGAAUCGCUACAAAACAAUUCUCCCAAGAUACAUCAAGUGUGCUGUCACUACCCCAUAUUGUCCACUGGCUGUAUUUAUGAAGCAGCGACAUAGCUUCAAAGCUAAAUCAAAUUUCAAAAGAGAUCCUCACAGCAGAGUGUGCCUUACCUCAGCUGAUCAGGACGACCCACUUAGCUCUUACAUCAAUGCUAACUACAUCAGGGGCUAUGGAGGAGAGGAAAAGGUAUAUAUUGCUACUCAGGGACCGAUAGUUAAUACUGUCAGUGAUUUCUGGAGAAUGGUGUGGCAGGAGCGUUCUCCCAUCAUUGUCAUGAUUACCAAUAUAGAAGAGAUGAAUGAGAAAUGCACAGAAUAUUGGCCAGAGGAACAGGUCACCUACGAAGGAAUAGAAAUCACAGUUAACCAAGUCAUACAAGCAGAUGAUUACCGUUUAAGGCUCAUCACCCUAAAGAAAGGAGAAGAAGUCAGAAACCUGAAACAUUACUGGUACACAUCUUGGCCAGACCAGAAGACACCAGAUCAAGCUCCCCCUCUGUUACAGCUAGUACUGGAAGUGGACGAGGUAAUGCAGAGUGCAGAAGAGAAGAAUGCCCCAGUGAUUGUUCACUGCAGUGCAGGCAUCGGGAGGACAGGCUGCUUUAUUGCAACUAGUGUCUGUUGUAAACAGCUGAAGAGUGAGGGCAUAGUUGACAUAUUGCGAACAGCCUGCCAGUUACGGUUAGACAGGGGAGGAAUGAUCCAGACUUGUGAACAGUAUCAAUUUGUCCAUCAUGUCAUGAGCUUGUACGGAAAACAGCUUUCUAGAGCAGCAGAAGAAUAAGUGUUCAUGAUAUUCCUAAAGGCUAAAACCAAGAGAACUUUUGACUGCAUUCAGAUAUAUUUCAGAUCUGAUAAGAGAUGCAUGGUAACCUGGCUGUCUUAGCUGGAGAGAAAGAUAUAUUAUUUUACUUUGAUAUUGCUUUUAUGCUCUUGUUUGCAUUGACAUUUAAGAGCUGAGGUAUGCCUUGUCUUAAACAUAUGUGACAGGACAUAAUCUUCACCAAAAAAGGCUUAUUUAUACUGUAAAUAAGGAUAGUAGCUUCAUUUGUUACAAAAUCAAAAAGAAAAAAAAUCAGUCUUCAGUUUGCUAUUUUUAAAAGAUAAUUGCUAUUCUAUCCAAAUACAGUGUGAAACUUUUUGAAUUGUCAUGCUGAAAUGUGCCAUAUGUUGACUAAGCUUGAAAGUAACUUUUUGCCUCUUUCUGAUUGUUUUUACAUAUAAAAUUACCAAAUACUGUGUAUAUCGUAAACCUUCUGAGCCUCUGCAUUGAAAGAUUCAAGUAGAUUCAUGUUGAAAUGUUUCACACGCCAUGUUUGCUUGUUUUUUGUUGUUGUUGUUGUUGUUUUUUUUUAAAGCAGUCCCCCACCAGUGUUAUCAGAACUAAAGGGAAAAAAAUGAUUUCAUUGAUGUGAGUGAAAUUCUUGCCUCCAGUUCCUACCAGCAACAUACCUUGGUAUCCUUACAGCUGGGUGAAUCUAAGGUUGAUAGGGGAGAAGUUAAUCUGAAUUCUUCAUAUUUUACCUUUCCUUUGUCAAUAUUUUGGCAUCUCACCAUGUAGCCAGAUUUGACUUUUGCAAGUAUUUUCUCUUUUUGCAUAGUGAAAUCAUAAUCCCAAUACAACUUCCCCAUAAAUUUGAGGAAUUUGAGGUGAGGAAUUAUUAUUCUUUUAAUUCAGUUCAUCUUUAUUGAAAAAUGAAUAACAGAAACACUUGUGUUCUGAAUUUAAACCUGUUUCAAUGCUUUGAGAGUAACUGGGUGGCCAGUGCUCAUUAAAACUAGUAUGACUAGAAAUGAAAAUCUUAUAGGCAGCUUCAAAAAAAAAAAAAAAAAAGCCUAAAUCUGUUGGCUGCUCUUUGAUACGUUUACCCUCAAACCCAAUUGAGACAAUUGUUAGCCCAUUAUAAUCACUAGUCCAGGCAACAGCAUUUCCUUUAAAAUAAUAGACUACUGACAGACUGCCCAUGCUUUUGUUUUUAGCCCUUAGUCUGGCUAUGCAGGCUUAAGUUUGUGUUUAAUGCUUAGAGGUAAGCACGUUUCAGUUCUCUGAUGAGCAGAGAAAAAAGGAGGUACGUAGGACCCUUUAUAUGAAAGAUGAGUGUUUUGUGAAUAGAAGCUGUAAUCAUCUAUUACAAACAAUUUGCUUCUCUAUUUGUGACAAUAACCAAAACCCACAGGUUUUGUUAGUGCAGGAGAUUCUCUGAAUUUACUACACCUCUUUAUCAGGAGAAGGGAAAGCAGCUCUCAGAACAGUAAGGGCUGAUCCUGCUCUCACUGAGGUUUUGCCAUUGACAUCAGCAGGUGCAGGGUAGGGCCAGAAAUGUUAUGCCUACAACUUCAUCACUGUGCGGAAAGCUUCCCAGUAUUUCAGUACACAUCCUUAAUGUUUAUUCUGUAUCCAUGAACCUGUAAAAAAUCCUGUCAGCAGGGUUUGCAUGAAUGUGUGGCAAAAUGUGUUAUCUUUAAACCACUUGAUUUUAUUGCUGUAUUUAAAAUAUUUCCUUCAGUGAGAAGCUAGCAGGAAGAACUGGCAUUCUUUUUAAAAAUACUGGCGGUAGUCAUUAAAUAGAGCAAUAAACUUAAGCUUUUGAGCAUAACAUGACUGUUAGUUUUAUGUAAACCUUGCUAGCUAUGUUCUUCCCAUUGCUACUGAUCCUUUCAAAAGGGUAAUGCUAUUUUGUCUGAGCACUCCUUAGAAAUAACAAAAGCACCACUGAUGUUCUGAAUAGCAUUGUAAGUGGAAUUCCCUAUAAAUAAUGUUUUCAGCUGUUCAGUGCCCUUCAGUGUCAAAAUUGACUCAGUGAAUAAAAUGACUUGUUCUG